AUGGGCAAAUCUUCAAAGGAUAAGCGCGAUGUGGCAAGUAUCACACUAGGUGGAUUGCAAGCAAAAGAACAAGGAUGGAGAGCCCGAAGUGCUUUUAAACUGAUGCAGCUGGACGAAGAAUUCAACUUGUUUGAAGGUAUACAUAGAGCCGUCGAUCUCUGUGCUGCACCGGGAAGUUGGUCACAAGUGCUCAGCAAACGUUUAAGCGAGAACCACGCCAAUAAUCCUCAAGAAGAGCCACCAAAGAUUGUUGCAGUUGAUCUACAGGCCAUGGCUCCACUUCCUGGAGUGAUCCAGCUUCAAGGUGAUAUCACCAAGGUCUCGACUGCUGAACAAAUCAUAUCGUAUUUUGAAGGAAAAUUGUCUGAUAUUGUUGUAUGCGAUGGUGCUCCAGAUGUGACUGGUCUCCAUGACAUGGAUGAAUAUAUCCAAGCACAACUUCUUCUUGCUGCACUCAACAUUACAACUCACGUUUUGCGACCCGGCGGCACAUUCAUUGCCAAAAUUUUCAGAGGCAAAGAUAUCACACUUCUUUAUUCACAACUCAAGGUUUUCUUCCCUGUGGUUACAUGCAGCAAACCACGAAGUUCUCGCAAUUCUAGUAUUGAAUCAUUCAUUGUAUGUCAGAACUAUUCACCACCAGAAGGCUACGUUCCAACCAUGGCAAAUCCACUACUUGAUUUCCACUACAGUGGAGACAAUCAAUUGACUGGCCCUAAUAGAACCAUUGUUCCAUUCAUUGCUUGUGGAGACUUGAGACAUACUGUUCAGCUUGCUAAUACCACUCUAUCCAUUUGCUCUAGCGGCUACGAUUCUGACAUGACCUAUGCUCUAGAGACGAAGGAAAACGGGGAAUACAAGUCAUUGGAUCCAUUACAACCACCCAUUAGUGCGCCAUACUUGAAAGCUUUGGAACUUAAGCGCAACAACUUCUAUAACAGAGUAGCAUAA